AUGGAAAUAGAAAAUGUAAGUUUUCCCAACACUUUUGUCCUGCUGGGUUUCUCAGAGUUUCCCUGGCUGGAGAGGCCCCUCUUUGCAGUGGUCCUGAUCUCCUACAUCCUCACCCUGCUGGGGAACAGCUCCAUCAUCCUUCUCUCCCUGGUGGACCCCAGGCUCCAGACACCCAUGUACUUUUUCCUGAACAACCUCUCUCUGGUGGACCUCAGUCUCACCUGUGCCACUGUGCCCCAGCUGCUGGCCAACCUCUGGGGACCAGACAAGACCGUUGCUGCCUGGGGCUGUGUCACACAGGUCAGUAUUUUCAGCUGCACUAGCUGCACUGAAUGCGCCCUGCUGGCCAUGAUGGCCAUUGAUCGCUAUGUGGCCAUCUGCCGGCCCCUCCACUACACUCUCAUCAUGCGUCCCUGGGUCUGUGUGCAGAUGGCAGCUGUAUGCUGGUCCAGUGGCCUGGCCAAUGCUCUGCUCCAAGGCAUACUCACCUUCCAGCUUCCCCUCUGUGGGCACCAUACCCUGGGCCACUUCUUCUGUGAGGUAACUGAACUCAUCAAGCUGGCCUGUGGUGACACCUCUGCUAAUGAGCUGGCCCUCACCUUGAUGACCAUUCCAUUUGGGGUGUUGGCUCCCCUGAUGAUCAUCAUCUCCUACAUACUCAUUGCCAGGGCUGUACUGAAGCUCCCUUCAGCUGAAGGAAGGCACAAGGCACUCAGUACCUGCAGCUCCCACUUGUUCGUGGUCACCUUGUACUUUGGACCAGGCACGUACUUGUACCUCCAGCCUUCAUCCAAGAGUUCCCAAGCCAAGUUCAUAUCCUUUUUCUGCUGCUUUAUCACCCCUGUGCUCAAUCCACUCAUCUACACCCUGAGAAACAAGGAUGUGCAGACAGCAUGGAAGAGGAUCCUGCAAUCCCAGGGCAGCCUGAAAUCUUUAAAAUCCAGAUGA